AUGGCUCUUCAGGAAAAGUCGAAACUUCAAAAUAAAGAGAAGCUUCUUCGGGAAAAAACGGAGGAGGUGUCUAACUUGAACGCGGAGCUGUCCUCAGUCAACGAUAAAUUGGCAGCCUACGAGAGGAUGCAGUCCAGGAUGCAGGAAGAGAAUGACAAGCUCAAGAAGGAACGUAAGGAAAACGACAAGCUUUUCUACUCUCAACAGGUACGUCUCUUCCAUGGUCGUUUAACAUAG